GGGCCCAAGGGCCAUCGUCUAUCAACAACUUGUUACUGGGGCCCAAGGGCCAUCGUCUAUCAACAACAAACUAUAGGGCCCGCUGCGCGUGCUUGAUAGACGAUGGACAGCCUUCGGCGACGAGGAGAAAAGGGCCUGCAGCCCGCACAAUGAGUGAAGCGGAAGCGAAACGCAGGUGAUUCAUCACCGGAGAGCAGCGCGAGUGCAGCGAUGUGGGAAUCGGGGGGAUGCGAAGCGCGAGUGAAACGGAGCAAGGCGGAACGCAAGUGAUUGAUAUAUACUUGUAUCAAACAAUCUUGUUUGAUCCAUGCUUCUCACCAGCGCAUAUUCUAAUCUGACUUUUGCUUGCCUUAAAAUCGUCUACAUCCAAGCGCGAAUCCUCAUACUACAACAUGCUAUGCUAUCUACUCAACAGCUUCAAGCCCAAGAGGAACACCAGCCCCGGCCUCAAUCCACAAAGUCACCAAGAUAUCUCAACCCCUGAAGAAUGGCUCGCCCGCAAAGUUCGCGAAGCGACAACCAACUCCAACACUAGUAGCAUCGACGACCUGAACCCAAGCCUCGCCAACCUCCGCAACACAGUCCAAAACGACCCAUCCCUCGCCGCACUAGCAGACACAAUGUUCAUCCAAGCCGCCGCCCUCCGCCCCCGCGACCCAACAGAACAACCCGCCAUCCAAACCUUUCGCCAAUUCCUACAGGUCGUCAACGUCAUCAUGCGCCACGGGCCACAGUUCUUCGAUAGACCAGGCAACGAGGACGCCAUGGGCUUCGUGGCGGCGCCGAUCAACGCGCUGCUGAAUUGGCCGAUGGGCACGGCGGCCGGGUAUGAGUUCUUUCGGAGGCGGGAGGUGAAUGAGGCGAUGGGGAGCGUGUUGAGUGCUUGGGGAAAGUUUCUUGCCUCGAGGGCGUCAAGGGGAUGUUUGAGGGGGUGGGUUUCUGCUUCUGGGCAGGUUGUGAUGGCGGAGAGGGCUAAUGCCGCGGUGAGGGAGGGUGAGGCGGGAGAGAGGUUGGGGUUUCAGGAGCUGUUUGUUUGUCCUGAUGCUGAGGAUACGGAGACGCUUGGAUUCGAGUCGUGGGAUGCAUUUUUUGUGAGGCGGUUUCGGGAGGGGGUUCGGCCUGUUGAGUUCCCUGAUGAUGAGGACGAGGGUGACGAAAAGCUGUCCGGUGUGAGCGGCAGUACUAGCAACACCUUCGGUAUCGAAGUCGACGACAACACCUCAGUCAUCGUCAACGCGUGCGAAUCGGCGCCGCUGCAAGUCGUAUCCAACGUUGCUCUCCGCGCCGACGUCACGCUCAAAGGCCAACCGUACUCCCUCGUCGACAUGCUCAACGGCAACCCUCUCGCGCCGCAGUUCGUCGGCGGGACAGUCUACCAGGCCUACCUGAGCGCUUUCAGUUACCACCGCUGGCACGCGCCCGUGAGCGGGCGGAUUGUCGAGGUCGAGAUGAUUCCAGGGACGUACUUUAGCGUGAAUCGGUACCAAGGCUUAGCCAUGGCGGCUGGGGGUGAUGGGGCUGAUGGAGGUGACGCGGAUCCACAGGCGCCGUGUAUGUCGCAGGCGUAUACCGCUUCCGUGGCGACGCGGGCGGUAGUGUAUAUCCAGGCGCGGAAUCCGAUGAUCGGGACGAUGGCGAUUGUGUUUGUGGGUAUGACGGAGGUGUCUAGUUGCGAGGUGACUGUUCGGGUUGGGGAGGAUGUGGUGAAGGGGCAGGAGAUUGGGAUGUUUCAUUUUGGGGGGAGUUCGCAUUGUUUGGUGUUCCGGCCGGGUGUUGCGUUGAGAUUUAUUGGGAACCGGCCGCCUUGGGCCAUGGGCCAUGAGGCGAACAAUAGGGUUAAAAGUGCUCUUGCUGUGGUUGCAUGAGAUUCAGGAAUGGAUAGCUGCUGUGAUUGGCAGAGAAUAUGUAUGAGCAAGUUCGAGACGACUGCCGAGAUGAAUCUACC